UCGAUUUUCAAUUUGGAUUUUCAGCAAACACACCGCCAUUCGUCGUGGAAAGCAUAACAGAUAUAUCGUUAUAACUUUUGGCAUUGCUUUCUUUUGUUUUCCAUAGAGAGAGAAUUGAAGGCGGCUUUCAAACUUGUUCUUCAAGAAAAUUGAUCUGUUCAUCUCUCAUAUUCAUACAUAUAGAUAAUCUGUUUCAAAGACCAAGAGAUACAAGAUGGUCAGAGCAUAUUCACAAGAGCAUAUUUAUAGGCACCCAUGGGAACGAGUUACUUCUGCAUCCUGGCGCAAGUUUGCUGAUCCUAUGAACAAACGUGCCCUAUCUCACAUCCUUGAGGUUGAUACAUUAGAUCACAAGCUUGACGCCAACUUAGGGAAGCUUUACACAACUCGUGCCAUCACUAUACAUGCACCUGGGCCUUGGUUUGUUCGCAAAAUCAUUGGUCAAGAUAUAUGUCACUGUAUUGAAUCAACGGUUGUUGAUGCACAAAGUCGGUCAAUGCAACUUUCUACUCGUAACAUCAGUCUCCAAAAUUUUAUUGAGGUAGAGGAGAAAAUUAGAUAUGAUCCUCAUCCUGAUAAUCCAAAUUCAUGGACAGUCUGCAAGCAGGAAACUAGUAUUAAGAUUAAGCCUUUAUCAGCACUGGCUUCUAUGGCAGAGAAAAUAGAGCAGAGAUGUGUAGAGAAGUUCCAAUCGAACAGCGCAAAGGGUAGAGAGGUUAUGGAGCGGAUGUGCAAGUACCUUGAAGCUGAAGCCAGUGGCAUUUCAGCGUGACGACCAAGUUCUGACUAGCUUUACGGCUCCUUUAUAGCAUUUCAAGUUUCGACCUCCAUUUAAAAUGAGAGGCAAGUUUUUGUGUAACAUUUGUUAGCCAAUUAGUGACCAAGUUCUUGUGGGAAACACAGGAUGUUGAGGAUAAAUCCUCUUACACCUUUCUGUAAACAGCAUUAGAUGUUAAAUCCUCAGACUCAAUAUGUCUGAGUUUGUAAUAUAAGACCUGAAUUUUCAAUUUCAGUUUUGUAGAUUUGAAAUUGA